UCAAACAUGAAGACAACAAGUUUUUCUCUAAGCUUCUUUCAAAGGAAAAUUGCAAAGCUUCUUUUUCUAUUCCUUCUUUUAGAGUUUACUAUAAUGAUGUUCCAAGUUCUGUCCCUUUUACUUGGGAGUUACAUCCUGGUACUCCUAAACAUAAUACAUUUUCUGAAACUUCUUUGUUGCCUCCUCUUACUCCUCCUCCUCCUUACUACUCAAACACUAAUAAUAAUACCAACAAAAAAUCCAUUAAAAGGAGUUCAAGAUCCAACAUUUUUCAUGCUUUAAUCAUGAAGUUUAAUAUUAAAAAAUCUCAAUUACCUUUAUCACUUUCUUCUCAUUCUUCUUCUUCAUUGCCAUGGUCAUCUUCUUCACAAUAUUCCUCAUUCUCUGCACCUACAACGCCUUCAAAUUUCAAUGGACGACGUCGUUUUUGUAGCCAAGGAUCGUCUUUUGAUGAUUAUCAUGAAGAUAUAUCGCCAGCAUCAAAAUUAUGUUUUGGUAUGAGCAACAAAGCUAGUGGAAAUUCACUCUUUAUGGUGAAAAAAAACUUGUUUUCCAUCGUCGGUGGUCGUGGAUCUAACUAAGGUUGUUUAGAAUUCAUCAUUUCUUUGAAUUAUAAUUAUAUUUUGUACUCUUUUUGUGUCAACAUUAUAACCUGUUGGUAUGUUCUCCAAGAUGAAUGUAAUUAACUUAUUUACUAUUCAUAUGAUCAUUUAUUUCUUUUGCUUUUUAAAUA